ACUCAGGAACCAGAGCAUCAGCGGAGAUAGCAGGGAAUCAGUUGCUAAACUCCUCAGGCUAACUCGCUCUCGGCUUUGGUUCGGAAUGGAAACAUCAACUUUUACGCGGAGCCAGCGCAGCUCUUUUGCGCACAGCUUUAAGAGCACGCUCUCCCUCUGGCUGGUUGUCUGGCUGCUCGUGGUAAAACCCGUGCCAGCGCAGAACUGCCCUCACCGGUGCGUGUGUUACCCGACCCCCAUGACAGUGAGCUGCCAGGCGCAGAACUUCACUAUUGUGCCCCACGGCAUGCCCUACGAAUCCCAGCGCGUUUUUCUGCAGAACAACCGCAUCACUGAACUGAGAGUGGGGUCUUUUGCUUUUGGCACACAGGUUUUGUGGCUCUUCUCCAACAACAUCACCUGGAUUGAGGCCGGUGCAUUCAGCGAGCUGCGCGAUCUGGAGGAGCUCGAUCUGGGCGACAACCCUCACCUGCACCGCCUUGAGGGUGGAGCUUUCCGUGGCCUGGAGAAGCUCCAGAGCCUCCACAUGCACCGCUGCCGGCUGGCCGCCCUUCCCCAUGAUAUCUUCCACAAGCUCUACAGCCUGCAAUUCCUCUACCUGCAGGAGAACCAGCUCCACUUCAUCCAGGACGAUCUCUUCGCUGACCUGAUCAACCUCAGCCAGCUCUUCCUGCACGGCAACCGCAUCCGCACUCUGUCCGAGAAUGUGUUCCAUGGCCUGGUCAACCUUGACCGUCUGCUGCUGCACGACAACAGGGUCCGUCAGGUCAAUCGCCGUGCUUUUCGGGACCUGGGCCGACUCACCAUGCUCUUCCUCUUCAACAACUCCCUGGCAGAGCUGCCCGGUCAAGCCAUGCGUGACAUCACCUCCAUCGAGUUCCUGAGGCUGAACAACAACCCCUGGGCCUGCGGCUGCGAGGCUCGUCCCCUGUGGGAGUUCUUCAGAGGCGCCCGUUUGUCCAGCUCCGAGGUUCUUUGCGCUUCACCUGCUUCUCAUCGUGGAGAGGACCUGCGCUUCCUGAGGGAGAUGGACUUCGCCCUGUGCCCACUUCCUGACCCCAGCUCCCUCUCUGGUACCACCACCACCACCUUCAGCACCAAGACCCGUUGGUGGUUCUCCAAGCACAAGCCAGUCAGCACUUCAAAGGGCAUCUUUGAGAAGAGCUCCGAGACCAAGGCAUACCCCUUCAAGUCACAACAUCCCUCAAUCACAUCUACAUCCACAAAGUAUGAGCUUGGGGAGGAAGAGGCUCUUCUUCCCAAGCUUGACCCAGAAGAGUACUGGGCCAACUAUGGCAAUGAAGAUGCGGGCAUCACCUCUCUGCGCUGCUUUGAGCUUGAGUGCCCUCCCGAAUUCGACUCUCUGCCACCAUCUUCCUCUUCUUCUCGCUCCUCAUCUUCUGUUCUCUUGCUACUCUCCAUGUCUGUCUUGACUGUCUGCAUCCAUCUUCUGUUUGGCUGAAUCUGUCGGUCUCAGAAGAACCCUCUUCCCCCUCAUUUUUUCUCCUCUCUGGAGGAAAAAUCCUGUUUGCUCAAUUUAACUCUUCAAUGCCUUGAUUCCUGCUUACUAUCAGCCUCACCUGUAUCUUUGUUCUGUUCAGUUUGAGCCUCUAGUUCCUGGUAUCUAGAGGGCACUAGACUGAUUUAGGAUACAGUGGGUAAGCAGGGAACGUUGGGCAGUGCAGGCCCUUAAUGGAAACUAAUGAAAGCUGUUCAGUGGGCUUGGUCAGUUAGGCAGAUACUCGGUCCUUCUUUUUUUGAGGACAAGUGUAUUCUAAGCCAUCUCUGUCAUAGUCAGUGCAGACAGAGGAUAGACAUUUCCAUCUUAGGUUUACGUACAAUAUUUGUAUGAUUUUAGACUUUUUAGCCACUCUUAAGUGCUUCUAUGAAAGUUGUAAUUAUAGCUUGUAAUGUCACUAUGACACCCUCUUUCUAACAACGCUACAGCUCCAUUAUUUCAGUAGUUAGUUUGUAACAAUAGCAUAAUGAGCAAAUAUUUUGAUUCCCUUUGGAACGCAGCGAUCGAAUGUUAUAUUUCAUCUAUUAUAACAGAAGGGUCUCAAAAUCAUUCAGGGCUCGAAAAGCACAAAAGGAACGGUGUGCACGGCGGUGUUGCUAUAAUACAGCUAUAAUUUAAGAUGCACAGAGAGAGCGAAAGCAUGCACAGGAGAGACAGAGAGCAUGCACAAGAGAAGGCGAAAUAAUUCAUUACAUCACCCACCAGCUAUGACAGCAAUUAUCACUUGUGUAAAUAUGACAUCUUGGCAGAGGGAGCUGUAAAUAAUGCUAUGAAAGGCCUUAUGUUUGUCACUGUUCUGAAUGGACAAGAAUGUCACUGUGAGUAACGUCUAUGAUAUUAUUUCUAUGGUCAGUGCAUGUAAAGAUCAGUCGAUGAUGUGAGAGUGUGUGAAUGUUCUUUUUUUUUUAUACUGUAUGUUUUUAAAAUACUGUUAAUAUGUUGAGUCAUUGCUGUAAAAUACAUUAUCUACAUUGUUCCAAGACUUUCCUUUGUUUAUUCGUCUUUUCAAAUUCAAGUUUAACAGAUUGUAUCUGUAUAUUCUCGCAAAUUCCAUCCUUUCUCAUUUAAAGUAUAGAUUUUAAAUCAAACCAGUCAACAGCUUGCAGCUAUAGUAAAAAAAAAAUUUUUUUUUAAAUAAAUAAUUGGCAAAGUGCUAAAACUAGGACUGAAUCCAAGACAAGGCAAUAUAUGAAGGACAAUGUGGAAAGGCUGUUUCUUGAAAUGAAUUGACUACUGUGGAAAAGCUGAUUGGAAAAUCAGAAAAAUGCACUUACUGACAGAUUGGUCGACAUUCAGAUUGUCUACCAUUGGUCAUGAACAUGGGAGGAGAGAAGGUGCAAAUACAGACUGGGCUGCUCUUGGUGGGCUUGCUGAAGGCAAUGGCUUUCUUUGGUGGUCUUUGCCUAUUCCUCCUCUUUCGAAUUACAAUAAAGAAUCAAAAUGCUUUAGGGAAAACAAACAGGGCAAGGACAAGAUGAGAGAGAAAAAAGGAGAGAAAGAGAAAAAGAAAUGCACGGAAAGCAGGGGUGGAUGUGGGUGGUAAAGGCAAAGAGAUGGAUGAUAAAGGAUGGUGAUAAAGAGAAAUGCAAUCUAAAGUUCCUUAAAACAAUAGGUAAAGAUAGGAAACAUUUUUUGAUCUACUGUUAAUUCUAGCAAUAUCCUGUUUUGUGUUUACCCUGAGACAGUAUUGAAACAAAUAAUACUGAUCUUUCUGUCCCACAGAUGUUUCUAUGAAAUAUUUAUGUCUUGUAAAUGUUUGUAUGAUGCGUCAAUGUAUAUCUCAACAGAACGGGUAAGGUCAAACUGCCUUAAGGUGCUCUCGAGUGACCAUGUUUGUGAGGUUGCUCACAGAUGACCAAAGCAUUAGUUAUACCUUUUUACCCAGAAUGUAUGCAUCAUGUGCAAUUGAAUGUAAGAAUGUGAAAGAAUGAGCUGUUCAAUCUUUUCACUACAACACAAAA